CCAAAUAAACAGUUUUACAGCUUUUUGUUUGUACUCUCCUUAAUGGUGCUUAUAUUUAUUAUUUAUUAUAUUAAUUCCUUAAAUACCACAGAAGAAAAAAAAGAGGUUUCUGAUUGCUGAAUUUACAGCGAUGAAUAUGAGAUUUAACAAGUAGCCUAUAAUCAAGAGACUGAUAAUGUUAGCCUCAUUUUCUAAUUUUUGUCAUAGUUCAAAGAGCCAAAUAUUACAUGUUCAUAUAGAAAAAGAAAGUUGGACAACACUUGGUCAUUUAUAAAUGUAGAAAGCUCCCACCAUAAACUCUUUGUAUAUUGACAAUGCCAGAAAAUAUGAGGUCAUUUUUCUCCUGUUUUUGUGUGUCGGAUUAUAGACGCGUCACGUGAGCGCUGUAAUCCGAUUGCGAUCAGAGGGGCGGGGCCUAGCAUUGACUGACAGGCUCCUCGACCUAUGAAACUGCGACCCCACAGCGUACGACCCAUCAGAGCGGGGCUCUCGGCAGCCAGGGGGCGGGACGCAGGCCUGUGAUUGGCUGAAGCGCGCAGCCUUUCAACCAGCUUUCCGUUCCGUCCAUUCCCGGAAUCCGAAUCGAGCGAAUGGCGUUAGUCUGAAUUCAGUUUCACCAGAACACCUUAUUCUGAAUUCCUCGCGACUCUAACGGAGCAUUCACGUGUAUCUGCGGGAUCCCGACAGACAUGUCAAGCAGUCGCAGGAGCACGCACUUCUGGAGCGAGGACGAGACGGAUUUCCUCCUGCAGACUCUGAAGGAGAUGAACAUCGAUCGCUACAGAGACGGAAGGAAGCACCGCAACAGCCUGAUCUUCCGGAAGGUGUGCGCGAGGCACCGGGAGGCCGGCUUCGCGCGCUCCUGCGACCAGGUCAAGCACCGCUGGAAGACGCUCAAGUCCAUCUACUACAAAGCCAAGAAACAGAGCAGCAGCUCCAGCUUCAAACACUUCGACACGAUGGAGGAGAUCUUCGGACACAGGCCUCUGGUGCUCAUCACGAACCCCGGCAGCGAGCAGAAGCACGGCUCCCCGCUGUCCGACAGCAAGGAUGGAGAGGAGGAGGAGGAGGAGGAGGAUGAAGAGGAGGAUGACGAUAAUGGACUGGAUGAUGUGGAAGGUGGAAUUCAGGAAAUCCAGUCAGUGAAGACAGAGAACGAGCCCCUGAUCCUCACACAAGCAUCACAGGAGAGCUCCACCAUGUCCACGGAGACCUCCAGCUCCACCCAGCCCUUCACCUCCAGCUCCAGCUCCACCCAGCCAGGCGUGCUGAAGCACAGACGCUCGUGCUGCGCUGCACUGCACAGUCAGUAUCAGGGCUUUCUGGAGAGACUGCAGCAGACACAGAACGCCUGGCUGGAGCAGCAGCUGGAGCAGAGUCACAUCCGAGAGGAGCGUCUGGUGGCCCGAGUGCUGGCCGAACACACCCGAUCCAUGGAGGCUUUGGUCAACCAGCUGUUCGCAGGCUUGAGGAGCCUCCUGCCCCCGUCCUAUCCCCAGACGUCAGCCCUGCAGAGCAGCAGUCCUGAAUCCUGAAUCACACACCAGACUCAAGGAGACCUCAACACCUCACAGCAGUCUUCAUCCUGAGACUUUCUCAGAGUUCACAUUCAGCAGCCCUGGACUGGUUUGUUAAAGGUAGUGAUAACUAGGGAUGGGCGUAUCGAUAUUGAUGUGAGUAUCAGAAGUAUCGAUACUCUCAUUAAAAAUAUUGAUACUAAGGUGUGUUUUAUUUACCAGUGAUUUUGUUUAACAAUAAAAUUUAAUGAAUACCAUAUGCUUUGAAUUGGACGAGUAACCUAUGUUAGCGAAUAAUUGUGUAGGAUAGAACUAUUUUCCUGCUCAUUUGAACACACGUAAAUGUUGCAAGACAGAAUCAAUCAAUCACCGAGCGUUCACUCACUUCUGACAGCGUAUUCAAACAGGGCCGCAUUGCCAAAAGUAUCAUAUGAAAGCAUUGAUGCUGUUGGGAACGGCAGCCCAGAACAUAUGAUGUUUGAGUUAUUUCACAAUAAACUAAUUGAAAUUGUAGCCUAGUUUGUGCAGUUACAUUUAUUUAAAUUGAACGUUAAAAGUUCAUAUUGAUCCGGUCCUAUUCUGUAAUGUUAAUAUAAAUCAUACUGUCAGAAUAAAAAGGUUGCAUUUUAUUGUUGCAACAGCCUGUCACUGGCAGUCCCUUAUGAAAAUGAACCAUGGUUUUAUUAAAGUGUUUUAGUUUUGAGAAUUUAGAUGCAUCAGAAUACAGUAUGUGGCACAGAGAGGCAAACAAUUCUAAUAAUAAAUGUACAUUUUGCAUGUUCGGAAGAAGUGAGCUGCCCUGUCAUGCGAAAAUGUAAACGGGUUAGUGUAAGUAAAUUGCUCGGUGCAAAGAAAGAGAAGUAAUGGGAACCUGGUAUUUCUAGUAUUCUAGUAUCCUAGUAUUUCGUGUGUCUAAUAGUCAUGAACAAGUUGAAAAACAUCUAUGACCUUUGUAACAUGUCUAGUCUUCAUGCUCUGUUCACUAUGGUUUCAACAAUAAUAAACGUACAUUUGCAUAAAGCAUCCAUAUUUGUUCAUGCCCAUAUUGACUAGAGUAUUAAAAACUUAAAAAGUAUUAAUUUAAGGUACAUUUAGAACAAAUAAAAAUGUGCGAUCCAAGUUGUGAGUCAACUCAUGACAAUCAUGUGAUUAAUCGCUUUAAAAUAUUUUAAUCGAUUGACAGCCUUAAAAAAAAAAUAUAUAUAUAUAUUGUAUCAGUAUAUAUCGUAAGUAUCGUAUCAAAAGCAAAAUAAGUGGUAUGGCCCAUCCCUAGUGAUAGCGAAGCAUCAGUUUAACACUGCAGGUGUGUGUAGACACGUUAGCUUGUGUUUCACGGUUUGUUACUGUUUUCAUUGUAGCACAAGCUUCUGUAUGAAGUGUUCAUCAAAUGUUUAGUUGUGAAUAAAGAUGUGAGUCUGUGUGUAAUGUGAUUUAUCAGGAGCCAUAACAUGCUGUGUUUGUAAAAUAUUCUCAUGAGCCAUAUCUAUUUUUUAAAUAAACACUAAUAUUAAAUACA